AUGAUCGUCCCCGGUGUCUACGUCGAUGAGUGCCGCGGUAAACGACACAAGAUUCUCUUCUGCUCGCUGGGAGUCGGUUGCUGCUCAGUCAUCGGCCUCGCAGUCGUUUCCUCCAUCUUCUGGCGGCCGCUGCCCUUCGUCGUCGCCCCGGUCCUCGUCUCCCUGCUCGUCCUCGCCUGCGGCACCAUGGCUCCUGUGACGAAGGACCUGGCGCAGAUCGGGCGCAAGACAAAGAAGAAAAAGAAAGCCAAACAGGCGAAGAAAGUCGUUGUUGCGUCGGAGAGCAAGCUGCUGAAGGAGCGAGGCCGGCCGGGGCCCCCUCGAAAACGGGCACCGCGGGAAAACGGCGUUCCAGCGGACAGCUCGGUCGGUCUGUCCCUACCUUCUCAGACUUCUUCCUCGCAGUCCGCUUCUGCUGAAGCCUCCGACGACACGCCGUCUUCGUCAGCUCCCUCAACUCCCCUCUCCUCUUCUCUCUCCCGGUCUGACGCCUCCGUCCCGUCUUCUCGUGCGGCGGCCCAGGGGCCCCCGCGCCCAGGCCGGGGAGCCGCUGCACCUCGCACGCCUCCCCCCGCGUCUUCCUCGUCUCGUCGCUCCAUUCCCUCCGCGUCUCCGCGCCGUCGCCCGCGUGGAACUGCAGCUGCUGCGUGCGUUUCGGCCCGCGCGCCCUCGUCUCAGUCUCCGUCUUCCUCGUCUGCUCCGUCGCUGUUGUUCCCGUACGCCUCCUCUGCGCCCUCGCCUGCCGCCCCUUCGUCGCCGCGCGCGCCUGCUGCGCCAGGCGCGGCCUGCAGGGAGGGCGUCUCCGCUCCUGCGCACAAGCAGGAUGAUCCGAAGGGGGCAGGGGGGGAGGAAACCGAGUGGCUUGGGUCGGACGCGUAUUUCGUGGCGGAAGAUGAAGAGAAGAAUCAGCGGCAGCUGGAGACUAACACGAAAAUCCGAGGUCUCUUGACCUCGUUCCGGUCGUCGGUCGGCGCGCGCGGUGCAGAGGCCCUGCCAGGCGCCACCCAGCCUCUGGGCUCCUUCCUCGACGACUUCAGUCCCCUGGAGGCGCACAGCGAAAGCACGGCGGAGACCAUGGCGGCGUCGCCGGACUCGCCCUCGAUGGCCUCUUCCUUCUCGCCCUCGCCCUUUACCACGUUCUCGCUGGCUUGCCCGGCGCUGCCUCGCGCCCUCGGCGUCGACACGCUGAGGCGGGGUCGCGACGAAGAGGCGAGUGACGAAGAGACCGACGGCCGGGAGGUCAAGCGGAAGAAGAGCGCGGCGGAGGAGCACGCGGCCGCCCCAGCGGAAAGCGACCAGGGAGACGCGGCGGCUGCGGCGGCUGCGGUCCCAGAUUCAGUCGGCGAAGAAACAGGCACACUCGAGCCGCCAAAGACUUACGCGGAAACGGCGGCCGAGGGGGGAGGGCGCCUGCACGGGCCACCCUGGACGCGGAACGACUUGGGGAACAGAGAUCACCUCGACUUCUUCCAUCGCCUCCACGAAGAGUGCCUCGACUUCAUUCACUGGAUCGACGCCACGGAAGACGAGGAGCGCAAGAGAGCCAAGGUGUUGGCUCGCAUCACGGCGCUUGCGCGGCUGCUGUGGGACGACUGUGUGGUGUGUCCCUUCGGGAGUUACUACACGAGUUUGUGCCUGCCGCAUGCGGACCUCGACGUCUGCAUCUUCAUCAACUCGAAGCCGCCGCUGCUGGAAGAAUUCCACGAGCUGGGCGCCAUCGACACCACGCGGAACAACUUCAUGUCCUCCUGUCCGUCGGAGUCGUCCUUUUCGACGCUGCCCUCGUACAAACGGCUCGCUUACCUCACGGAGAAGGUCAUGGCGGAGGCCGCGACCUGCCAGGAAACUUGCGGCCAGCACGCGUCCUUUCGAAAAAAGAAGGAGGAGUCUGCGCAGUGCCUCAGGCGUCUCGCCACCUUGCUCUCGUCGUGUCGCAUUACGUUGCCUUCCGCGGACGCCGGCGCGUCUUUGGGGGCGGGCUGCGCCGAGAGUCUCGCCGCACCGUUGAUUCGCGACUUGCAGCUGAUUCUAGAGGCUCGAGUCCCCAUUUGCCGCUUCGUGGACUCGGAGACGGGUAUCAACGUGGACGUCAGCAUCGACCAGCAGUCGGCCGUGCUCACCUCGCUGUAUGUGCGGCUCCAACUGCUUCGCUUCCCGCUGCUGCGGCCGCUCAUGCUGCUCAACAAGGCGACGCUGAAGCACUGGCGACUGAACGAGCCCUUCACCGGAGGCGUCGGGUCCUAUCUUCUCUUCGUCAUGGCUCUCAGCUUCCUGCAGUUGAACCCGCGUCUGUAUGACCGAAGAGCGCAUCAGCGCUACUCACUCGGUCAUGCGCUCUUUGAGUUUCUGCACCACUACGGCGUCGACUUUCGCUACCCUUCCGUCGGCCUCAGCGUUCGAAACAAAGGCCGGCUGUUUCCGAAGGAUCGCCGCCGCUGGCGGUAUGGCCCUGAACACGGCGAGGGCGGCCCAGAGUACUACUACUCGACGGAGCAGGAUCGUUUUCUGCUUGCCGCAGAGUCUCCGCUGGAGCCGUUCCGGGACAUUGGACGAGGCGCAUUUCAGAUGCCGCAGAUUCGAAGCGCGUGGCGAUCAGUUUACGCGCGAAUGGCGUCUCGCCUGCGAGCCGAGACGCGCCCGUGCCGCUACCGCGUCGUGCGGUCUUCGGACUCGCUACUCUCCUACCUCAUUCCGCCGGAGCCUUUCCGCCUGCUGCCGCCGCGGCCUCCGCUGGACGCAGCCAAAUGCCACAAGGACUACUUCCGGCCGCCGCGGAGGAGGUUGGAGGAGGAUGACGAGGCGCCUGACGAGGCGCCGGAGGACGGCGAGCGACCCACAGGCGCGUGCAGCUCGUCCUUCUCCUCGCUGCCGCCGCACGUGACGCUCUUCAGGCGUGUCUGCGGCCUGCGGGCUGUCACCACGGAGCCCUCGAAGGCUGCGGUCGCGAAGGAACAGCGACUCUUCGAGGCGUGUUUCCUCUCCUCGGGGGGUCGGAAGCAGAGCGGCGCGGAGCGCAACAGACGCGGGCUGAAGCUGCUCAAGAAAAAGAUUCAUCAACUCGAGAAGGAGCAGCGACUGGGCGGCAGAGGUCUCUCGCCGUUCCCCCGGCAAAACUCGCAUUUCUUCUUCGAGGCCGACAGUGAAGCGGAGCGCGAAGCAGAGGAGGAAGACGACGAAGAGGAGGACGACAAAGAGCAAGACGAGGCGGCGGAGAAAGCGGAGACCCGACUUUCCUCAAAGCUUUCGGCGCCCAUUUUCGUGAACCUCUUGAGUGCCUCCUCGUCGGACGAAGACGACGCCCACGUCGCAGCCACGGGACUGGGCGGCAAGGGCGUCAAGACGAACUCGACUAUGCCGUCGUCCUCGCCCUCGGCUUCACUCUCGACUCCGCCCUCGUCGCCACCCAUGUCAUGGGCGUCGUCUCCAGAGCAUAGCCGUGAUGGUUUGGCACCGUCCGCGCGGCUGCCGCCUGCGCAGAGGCACUCUAUAACGAGUGACGAUGACGACGCUCCGAUUGUCCUCUCCUCCGCCGCCUCGUCGCGCGCCGCGUCCCCUGCGAAGGCGCGCCAGGCUGGCGGGGGAGGGGCUGUGGGGAUGUGCGUCGACGACGACGAGGCGAGCAGCAGCGACCGCGAGGACGCAGAGGCUGGCGAGCGCGCUGGCAGCGUGCCUUCCUACCGAGAUGUUUUGCUGCAGAAGGCGACGAAGAUCGACGCCGAGAAGUCCGCGCCGGCUGCGAAGCUCGCGACGUUCGAUCUAGGCGGCAAGGAGGCGGAGGCGGCUGCAGGCGACGCGCUCACCUACCUGACGCAGCGCAGCGCAUGCAAGGGAAAGUGGGAAGAAAAGGAGUCCGACGCGGAGAGUGAGUAG